AUGCCUCCCAAAAACCCCCGUCUAGCAGUAGACGAAAAGGGUUCUCGUUCUCGAUCUCGCUCCAGAAGUCGCUCGCCUGGUCGAAAGGCCAAGAAAGUUGUUGAGGAAGCACUGCCUACAGCUUCUAAAGUCUCUGUGCUCCCACCGUCGUUGAAACGAGAUGUCUCGACCAAGAAAUACCAAGUCAAAGACAAUGAUAUUUUGAUGCUCCCCUCGUCGGAUUUCCAGCUCCUUGCCCUGUUGACGGUUGUAGCAAUUGGUAUACGGUUAUUCCGUAUAUACCAACCAACUAGCGUUGUGUUUGAUGAAGUCCACUUUGGUGGAUUUGCGACAAAGUAUAUCAAGGGAAAGUUCUUCAUGGACGUACAUCCUCCACUCGCGAAGAUGCUCAUCACACUGGCAGGCUGGCUGGCUGGAUUUGACGGAAGUUUCGAUUUUAAAGAGAUUGGAAAGGACUAUCUUGCACCUGGAGUCCCCUACGUUGCAAUGAGAAUGUUGCCCGCUGUUUUGGGUAUCAUGGUGGUUCCUAUUAUGUUCUUAACCCUAAAGGCAGCUGGUUGCUCUACAGCUUCAUCUUUUUUGGGCGCCGGAUUUAUUAUAUUUGAGAACGGACUUUUGACGCAGUCCCGUCUUAUUCUCUUGGAUUCACCGUUGGUUAGCUUUACUGCUGCCACAGCACUUGCCUGGACUUCAUUUCUCAACAUCCAUGAACAAGGCAUCUCAAGAGCGUUCUCCCCCAAUUGGUGGUUUUGGCUCACUAUGACUGGUUUGGGUCUUGGGGCUACUGUCAGCGUGAAGUGGCGCCUUUGGUUUAAACACUUCUUUGCUCGUGUUUUCUGUCUUAUCAUCGUCCCCGUCGUGUUCUACAUGUCCAUGUUCGUUAUCCACUUUAUGCUCCUCCGUAAUCCUGGUGAAGGUGACGGUUUCAUGUCUUCGGAAUUCCAGGCUACCCUCAAUUCCAAGGGUAUGCACAGCGUCCCUGCCGACGUUGCCUUUGGUUCACGUGUCUCUAUCAGGCACCAUAACACCCAAGGUGGUUAUCUUCACUCGCACAACCACAUGUACCCGACUGGCUCCAAGCAACAGCAGAUUACAUUAUAUCCACACAAGGAUGAGAAUAACAUUUGGACCGUUGAGAACCAGACAAACCCUGUUGGAGGUGAAGGAAUCUCUGGAUUUGAUGCGAUUUCUCCGCCAGUUUGGAUCGAGGAUGGUGCCCUGAUUAGGUUGUAUCAUGCACCUACUGAUCGGCGCUUGCAUUCGCACGACGUCAGGCCUCCAGUUACCGAAGCGGAAUGGCAAAACGAGGUUUCAGCCUAUGGAUACAAAGGAUUUGAAGGUGAUGCAAAUGAUGUCUUCCGUGUUGAGAUUAUCAAGCACCUCUCUGAAGGGUCUGAGGCGAAAAGAAGACUCCGCACUAUUCAGACCAAGUUCAAGCUCGUUCAUACCCUGACUGGGUGUGUUCUCUUCUCUCACAAAGUCAAACUCCCAGAUUGGGGUUACGAGCAGCAAGAGGUCACUUGCGCGAAGGGUGCAACUCUCCCAAACAGCGUAUGGUAUGUUGAGCAAAAUGAACAUCCGCAAUUGGGCGAGGAUGCUGAGCGUGUCAAUUACCGUAAUCCUGGCUUCUUUGGUAAAUUCUGGGAACUCAACAAAGUUAUGUGGCGUACCAAUGCUGGACUUGUAGAAUCUCAUGCUUGGGAUUCCCGGCCUUCAAGCUGGCCGAUAUUGAAGCGUGGAAUCAACUUUUGGGGUAAGGAACAUCGACAAGUCUACCUCAUCGGUAACCCAGUCAUUUGGUGGUCAUCGACUGCUGCAAUUGUUAUCUACGCGAUGUUUAAAGCCUUCGCAGUGCUUAGGUGGCAGAGGGGCUACAACGACUAUUCUGUCAAUAACUUCCGCCGUUUCGAUUUUGAGAUUGGCGUCGCUGUUUUAGGAUGGGCCUUCCACUAUUUCCCUUUUUACCUCAUGCAGAGACAACUUUUCCUACACCAUUACUUCCCGGCUUUGUACUUUGCUAUCAUCGCAUUGUGCCAGGUGUUUGAUUUUAUCACUGCAAGGAUUGCCACAUUGAAGUUAAGAGAGAAGCCGAUUGCCGGGUGGACUCUUGCUGUGGUAUUCUUGGCUUUCAGCAUUGUCGCUUUCGGCUUGUACGCCCCACUGGCAUAUGGAAAUACCUGGACCAAGAGCGAAUGUAGAAGGUAUGAGGAAUAUAAUGUUAUCAUGUCGCCCAAUGAGUCAGCCAUAAAGAGUUCGAACCCACCUCUACAGGCCUCUUCAUCUUCUUCAGCUCCCGAGGAAGCCGUCACCAACAAACCCGCUGAAGAACCUGUUGUUGUUAAAAAGGACUCAAUUCAAGCUGCUGAUGCGGGCGAAGUAGUCUCCUCGGAAGAAAGGAUCGAGUACCGUGAUCAAGAUGGAAAUCUCCUAGACGAAGAACAAGUGAAGGCGCUUGAAGGCAAAGUUGAGUUUCAUACUCGCUAUGAAACACGCAUUCGUCUUCUCGACGAAUUUGGCAACGAGAUUUCAGAGGAAUCCGCCGUUCCUGUAGCGGAUCAGGGUGUUGCAGGGCCGUUGGUUGACGGUUCAAAUCCUGAGACUGUAUUGAAGGGAGCCGAGAAAGAUGCGCAGGACGAGGUUAGGCCAAGAGGUGUCGAUGUAGACACUGAGUCGCGUGAGGUUGUGAGCGAGAGUGCGGCUAGUCCAGCAAGUGAGGGUGUGAACACAGAGAUUACUCAAGUAGGACAAGAGAAAAUUGAGACAAUGUUGGUUGAUCAAGUCGAGAAACCUAUUGAGGUAUAA